UUGGAUAAGAUCACUAGCAUUCCAGAUCACACAUUUGUUGUCUGCCCUAUCCUUAUUCAUUCUAGACUACUAGUCAUCAAUGGAACAGAAAAGAAAAGAGCUAACAAUCUUAUUCCCACAAAUUUGGGAUAUGUAAACUGGGUUUCGUGGAAAUUGCCCACCAGCUGUGAAAUUAAGCUUCACUGGAACUUCCCAAAUUUAGUGCAGCAGCUAGCCAAGUCACUUGGAUAUGCAGCCAAUGUCUUGCUGCAAUACAAUUUCAGAGUGACAAGUUAGACUGUUGCAAUGAAGUGAAAAACAAUCCAUAUUGAUGGCAGAGAGUUCUGUUAACUUUCUUCUGGAGAAGCUUGCAACCCUAUUCGAAAAGGAUGUACACCUGUUUGGAGGAGUUCGAGAAGAAGCUGUGUAUCUGAGAGGAGAAUUGGAAAGGAUGAAGGCCUUCCUAAGGAUCGCAGACACACUGCAGGAAAGUGAUGAGGAACUCAAAGUCUGGGUGAAGCAACUAAGAGAUAUUUCUCAUGAAACUGAAGACAUUCUAGAUGAAUACACUCUUCUCCAGGGGCAUGAUCAUGAUCACGGUCGAGGAAUAUUUGGCUCUUUAUACAGGUUGGGUUGCUGUAUUAAGAAUGCCAAAGCUUGUUACCGUAUUGGUUCCGAGUUGCAAGCCAUCAACUCAAGAAUCAAAGAGAUUUGUGAGGUUCACAAGAGACUUCGUCACAAAUUCAGAAAGGCUGAACAAGAUCCUGGAUCCGACGACAGUGCAGGAAAUACAUGGCAAGACUGUCGAGGAGAUGCCCUUCUUUUAGAUAAAUCUGAUCUUGUUGGCCUUGAUGAGCCUAAAAAUCAGCUGGUGGGGUGGCUAUUUAACGGCAGUUCUGGCCGCGAAGUAGUUUCGUUGGCUGGAAUGGGAGGAAUGGGGAAGACCACCUUGGCCAAGCAAGUCUAUGAUGACCCAGAAGUGAAGAAACAUUUUGAAGUCCGUGCGUGGAUCACUGUUAAUCGGUCCUUCAAAUUUGGCGACCUACUCAAAGACAUGGUUCAACAACUCUUUAAAGCAAUCAGAAGACGAAUUCCACAAAUCGUGGCAAACAUGAAUGACUAUCAGCUGAAGACAACAAUAAAGGAAUUGCUGCAAAACCGGAGGUACCUGGUUGUUCUGGAUGAUGUAUGGCAUCUAUAUGAAUGGGAUGCUAUAAAAUAUGCACUGCCUAGCAAUGGUUGUGGCAGCCGAAUUAUGCUCACUACAAGAAAUGCAGAUGUAGCCUCCACCACGGGUGUACUAUGUGAAGGUAAGGCCUAUAACUUAAAGCCCUUACCUCCUCCCGAGUCUUGGGAUCUUUUUUGCAGAAAGGCAUUUCAGUGGAACAAAUGCCCUUCUCAUUUGGAGGAAAUUUGUAAGUACAUCUUAAGAAAAUGUGAGGGACUUCCCCUUGCAAUUGUUGCAAUCAGUGGUGUGUUGGCAACAAAAGAUAAACGUAGAAUUGACGAGUGGGAUAUGGUUCGCCGCAGCCUUGGGGCUGAAAUUGAGGGAAAUGACAAGCUCAAGGAUUUGAAAAAAGUUCUUUCACUCAGCUUUAAUGAUUUGCCAUACUACCUCAAAUCCUGCUUCUUGUACCUGAGCAUCUUCCCUGAGGAUCAUCUGAUUGAACGAAUGAGACUAAUCCGGUUAUGGGUAGCAGAGGGAUUCAUCGAAGCAAAGGAGGGAAAAACACUGGAAGAAGUAGCAGAUGACUAUCUCCAUGAACUCUUGAAUAGAAGCCUAAUGCAAGUGGCUACUACUACACCUGAUGGAAGGGUCAAAACAUGUCGGAUCCAUGACCUUUUGCGUGAGAUCAUCAUCCCCAAGUCAAGAGAUCAGAAUUUCACCACAAUUGUGAAAGACCAAAGCUUGCAAUGGUUUGAAAGAGCUAGACGCCUAUCAAUACAUAGCACGCUACAAAGUGUUCAGCCUAACAGGUCAGUUUCCCAGUUGCGUUCCCUGUUUAUGUUUGGUGCCUCUGAAAAUCCAUCCAUCUCUAAAUUAUUCCCAAGUGGUCUUAGGCUGCUAAAUGUGUUAGACUUGCAAAACUCACCUUUGGAAAAAUUUCCAGUUGAAGUUGUGGACUUGUAUUGUUUGAAAUAUCUGAGCUUGAGGGAAACAAAGGUAAAAACUGUUCCCAGAUCUAUUGGGAGGCUUCAGAGUCUAGAAACUCUAGAUCUUAAGCAUUCCAAUGUCAACCAACUUCCGGUUGAGAUCCUGAAGCUCCAGCGUUUACGCCAUCUUCUGGUAUAUCAACAUGAAUUUGUAUCUUACGAACAUUUUCAUUCAAAAAAAGGUUUUAAAGUCAUGUCAAACAUUGGAGUUUUGCAAGCAUUACAGAAGCUUUGUUUCAUAGAAGUAAACCAAGAUGGAGGCACCAUAAUAAGAGAGCUUGGGAAGCUAAAUCAACUUAGGAGGUUAGGCCUCUUAAAAUUGAGAAAAGAAGAUGGGAAGGCUCUAUGUUCAUCUAUUGAAAAGCUGACGAAUCUUCGCGCCCUGUCUAUAGCUUCAGUCGAAGAAGACGAGAUCAUUGAUCUUCAACAUCUACCUUCUCCUCCUUUGUUGCUUCAGCGGCUGUAUAUGAGAGGACGUUUGGACGCAUUACCCCACUGGAUUCCUUCUCUUCCCAGCCUAGUCAGAUUGUCUUUGAAAUGGAGUCAGUUGAAGGAUGAUCCACUCAUAUACCUGCGAUACAUUCCGAAUCUUGUUCAACUUGAAUUAUGUCAAGUAUUCCUUGGCGACAGAUUGUGUUUCAGGGCUGAUGGGUUUAGAAAGUUGAAGAUUUUAAGCAUGGAUAAGUUUGAUGAACUGAGAUGCAUAGAAGUGGAGAUGGGUGCAAUGGCUUCUCUUGAGAAGCUAAGCAUCCAACGCUGCAAGCUUCUGGAGAAUGUGCCAUCAGGGAUUGAACAUUUAACGAAGCUGAAAGUUCUCGAGUUUUCUGAUAUGCCGGUGGAUUUGAUGAAGACGAUUAGGACAGAUGGAAAAGAUAACUGGAAAGUCUCCCACAUUCCAGAAGUUUAUUCAACUUACUGGAGAGAAGGUGGCUGGGAAGUCUACUCUAUAGAGAGCAUGACUGAUGGGGAGUACUGUCCCCUGCCCAGCAAUCCCUUCAGCCAUGAACUUCAAACUCGUUGGAAGUCCUGGAAAUGAUACUUGUGCUGCGACUGGGAAUGGGAAUGGGGUGAUACAUAUCCUUGUAAAUACGUCGUAAAUACGAUUAUAUAUACUUGCAUCUGUAAUUAAUACUUGUAAAUUAAUAUGUAAUGUAGUUGGGUCCAGGAUCAGAGAGAUUACCUGUGGCUGGUAGUUAUAAACUGGUAGGUAUGGAUAGCAUAUGGCACAACUUGUACAAAUUAAAAUGGGUGUGAAGCUGCAGUGAUCUGUAAAUAGUAUUAGUAUCUGAUUGUUUCUCCAAUUUCAUUUCCCAUGCAACUUAA